GGAGCUCGGCUUUUCGAGAAGGCCGCGGGCCGGCUGCCUGCCGCAGGCGCUGCGCUCCGUCAGGAUGCCCAAGGCCAAGGACUUGGCGGGGGCGAGCAGCUCGGAGAGCGGACCGGAGGAGGAGGAGGGGAAGAAAAGAAAGAAAGAAAUGUCUUCUAAGUCAGAGAAAAGGCUGAAAACAGAGGCCAAGCCUUCAAAGGUGACAGAAAAACCUCCGGGGCAAGGUAGUGAAGAGGAGGGCAUGUUCCAGAUUGGGAAGAUGCGUUAUGUCAGAGUGUCCUGCUUCAAGGGGAAGGUCCUCGUGGACAUCAGGGAGUUUUACACUGACAAGGAGGGCGACAUGAAACCGGGGAGGAAAGGGAUUGCCUUGUCUGCAGAGCAGUGGAACCAGCUGAAGGAGAUCGUUCCUGAGAUCGAUGCUGCAGUAAAGAAAUUAUGAGAUGAAGAAUCUUGGACACCUUCAAUCUGUUUCCGUUCCCUUAAGUGCCCUAACAACUAUAAAGCCAAGGAUUUUCAUCUGGAGCCUUCCCCUCACCUUGCUGGGGUUUCCUUACUGAGGUGGUGGUCAUGCUGAAAAGACCAGAGACUCUUUCUGUGUUCAAGAAGUAGCUUGUAAUGAGCACCUGGAACUAGUGCCAGUGCUGUGAAGUGAGACUUCAGCACCUCUGGUCUCAAGCAUACUUGAGGUCUGUGCUGGUGAGGGAAAUGACCCCAACCUGGCUUUCCAGGGGUGGAAGGCUUCAGUCUACUUGUGGAGUGCUUUACCUGCUCUACAUCUGUUACUGUCCUCCACUUGGUUGACUGUUGAGUAAGAUGGUUUGUAUACUUCAUGUUGGCAUCCUCUGUGUUUCCUCCACAUGUCAUUCUGCCUAUUUCAAGUACUUUCUGUGUUGGUGAGGGUUGUUUGGUGGUUUUGGGGGGUUUUUUUUUUGAGUGAAGAAAGGGAUUAUUAUACUUUAGCAACUGGUUUGUCUGUAGAGGGUGAAUAUGCACAAUAAAUGUGUUUGCAUUAUAAAAAGGAGAGGCAUAGUGUUUCACAGGCUGGCACCUCAACUCUUUGUUUCAGGCACCCUUCUUUGUAGGUUGCUGUUGGAUUUCCCUUUCAGAAGGAGAGUGCUCUGUAGCGUUUAUUCUCAUGAUAUGUUCCCAAUAAUCCUGCUAUACAGAAGCAGUCAGGCAGCGGUCUACUCCAGGUCAUGGGAAGGGCAAGCUAGAAUGUGAAUCAUUCAAAGGAACUGGUAAUUAGGAGGCCUGUUAAAUAGAGGGGAAAUUAAAGGCCUAAGGAGGAAAAAGAAUAUUCCUUUCCCCAUGGCAGAGAAAAAUGGCGAGCUAUGGAAAGAGUGGAGAGGGGAUAUUUUAUGCUUGAGCUCUAAAUGGAUCCCACUCUGGGAUCAGCUGCAGCAAGCACAACCUUCCUCAGCAAGACUUUUCCAGACUUUUCAACAGCUUGCGUCUUCCAUCUAUUUUUGGUUUUUCUCUUGCCCUGGUUUCCAUAGUAUCUGAAUGCUUCAUGCUCUUAAAUAUAUCUGACACUUGCAACACCUUGGUGAAGUAGGAGGUACUAAGGCCCUUGCUCUGUAGAGGUGCUGGGGCUGUCACAGCUCAGAGUUGUUUGGAAGAUGUGGGGUGGAGCAGUGAAUUGAAACCAGUCUUUCCUAAAUGCUGAAUUUCUAACUGCUGGAUUAACCUUUCACUAGGGAUAGCAGGAGGGAAAAAAUAUCUUUCUUCAUACUCUCUUAAAAAAAUUUUGAAGGGCUCGGUGCUGUAGCUGCUUGGAGCAGGAGUGGAGAUAAGUAGACUUGAUGACUGAGGCAUUCCCCUCUAAUCCUGUGUUCAGCUCUUCUCUAUUCAAGUGUCACAUUUCUUUCUCUCAAGUAAGUGAGAGAGAGCAUGAGGAUACUCAACUGUGUCCCAAAGCCAGGUUGCUCAUGCUGUAAGCUUAUUCCAGUGGAAUAUUUAUAACAUAGUGUCUUAAUAUGGUGUUCAGAGACUAAAGGUAAUGGGAAGAUAAAGACCUUCCAAAAAAGAGAGGUGAAAGAGAAGCAGAUGGUGUAGGUAUGACCCAAGAUGCUAGGGAUGCUCAGUCCUUUUAUUUUGUCCCAGCCCUGUGGUACCCAGACUAAAACAUGUGACAGAAACAACCAUCUCUGUGCAUGAUGCAUGCUCCAGGAGUGUUUGGGGGGCAGAGGGAGAAGCCAGCUCAAAUCAGCAGAGCUUAGUAUCUUUGCUUAUUAAAACCAGGUCCAAACUGAACUUGAUCAGCUCAAUUGAAUAUUGCAUGGUUCUAGAGCUGAUGAGUGGCCUCUCCUUAAUUGGGAAAGGGUGGCCAUGUUCUAUUGUUUUCUGACUAGCUUUCUUUCAAGUGUUGGAAGAAACAGUUUGCAAACAACCCAAACUUUUUGUGUAACAGGGA